CAGGUCGCGCUGCCUCUCUUACGCACGUGAACGCUGCAGAUCCGCUAGAGUUUGUGAAGCACACACAGCCGCUGCGUUCACAUUCCUCAAAUCCCAGCGCGUGAGUCCGGCGUCGGGCCGCUGCAGUGUGUGCUAGAUUGUGAAAUGGCGUGGUGGACUCUGGCAGUUCUGCUGCUGUCUCUCUCCAUAGCCUGCUGUGCGGAAUCCAUCCAGGAGUUCACAUCCAGCACCCUCAUCAAUAACGUGGUGCAGGACCCCCUCACAGGCCGCAUCUAUGUGGGAGCCAUCAAGGCCAUCUACCAAUUGGACUCCUUGCUCAAGCAGGAGAAGAAAGUAGAGACUGGUCCCAAGAGGGACAGCCGCCACUGCACACCCCCCAUCCAGUCCUGCCACGAUGCCAAGAUGACAGACAACACCAACAAGCUGUUGCUAGUGCACCCGUCUAACGGCUCGCUCAUCGUGUGUGGAAGCCUCUUCAAGGGCAUCUGCUCCCUGCGGAAACUCAGCAGCAUUGACCACCUGAUCUACUAUAACGACAGCAAGGGUGAAAAGGCUUAUGUGGUCAGCAGUGAGGAGACGGUGUCUGUAGUAGGAGUGAUGUCAACCUUCACCAAAGAAAAUGAUACAUUUGAUGUGUUUGUCGUGGGGAAAGGCUACGGAAGCCAGGGCAACAUGAAGCUUAUCAGCACCCGCAUCCUGCAGGACUUUGGCAAUUGGGAUGUGUUUGAGGACAUUGUUGAGGCUCCUGCUGUUCAGGUCACCCCAUUUGUCAAGAAGUACAGGCACAAUUUUCGCUACUCAUUCAAGGAAAGUGGCUUCAUCUACUUCCUCUUCACCCGCACAAGAGGGGAGCUACAUAACAAAAACUUUACCUUCAUCUCCCGCCUUUGUGAGGAUGAUCACCAUUACUAUUCCUACAUGGAACUGCAGCUCAGCUGUGGCCCCAACAACAUGUACAACAAGACACAGGCCACCUUUGUCUCCUCCCCUGGGGAGGAACUGGCCCGAAACCUGAGCGCAUCCGGUCAGUACGGCCAAGUGCGGUCGCAGGACAAGAUUCUGUUCGUAGUGUCCAGCACCGAUGAAGACAAGCCCCGUUCGGGGCUCUGCACGUACCCCCUGAGAUAUAUCAACCAACGAAUUAUGGAAAUCAUCAGUGCCUGCUAUACAAAAAAUGGGAAAAUUGGAAACAAAGUAGCUGUUGAUUCUCCGUACACAACCUCAGCAAAUCUAUUAUGUUCAGUAUCAGUCCGUCAAGACACGCUGACAAAGUACAAAUGUAGUGCCGAUUUCCUGCCUUCACCGCUGGCCAGCACACCAGGCUUUGCGCUGGCUGCCCAAGCUGUCCACACCACCAGAGGCCUGCUCAUGGCUGUCGCCGUUGCUGUGGAGGCUGAGCGCACGGUGGCCUUUCUGGGAACCAGCAAUGGGAAGGUGUACCACGUACACCUGUCCAGCACACCAGAGGUGUACCGAACUGUCCCUGGACCCAGCUCUGGUGAGGCAGUGAACAAACACCUGCUAUUCGACAGAAACCACAGGCAUCUGUACGUCACCACAGGAAAAAAGAUCUCAAUGGUACCAGUGGAGGAAUGUGAUAUGAUGAAGGACUGCAAGUCUUGCAUGGACCUCAAGGAUCCCUACUGUGGCUGGUGUGCCUUGGAGGGCAGGUAAGCACUCAGUUCACACCCAGUU